AGGUUUCCAUUUGUAUUGCUAUUGUCUUUCUCUCCUUCUCCACUAAUGCCAAUGGCAAAACUAAGGAACAUCAUCAAAACUCUCUCCAUCUUCUUCUUUCUCAUCGCAGCAACCGCUCCUUCACUCUCCUCUGCCACCUCCGCCACAGACACCUUCGUCUUUGGCGGCUGCUCCCAGCAAAAAUUCUCUCCGGCGUCUGCGUAUGAGUCAAACCUCAACUCUCUUCUUACUUCUCUAGUUAACUCAGCCACAUACUCUUCCUACAACAACUUCACCAUCAUGGGCUCUUCAUCCUCCGACACAGCACGUGGCCUCUUCCAAUGCCGCGGUGACCUCUCCAUGCCGGACUGCGCCACGUGUGUGGCACGUGCCGUCUCUCAAGUAGGUCCUCUUUGCCCUUUCACUUGUGGUGGAGCCCUCCAGCUAGCUGGCUGCUACAUCAAAUACGAUAACAUCAGCUUCCUUGGCCAAGAAGACAAGACCGUUGUCCUAAAGAAGUGUGGAUCCUCUGAGGGUUAUAAUACCGACGGUAUCAGCCGGAGAGACGCAGUUCUCACGGAGCUAGUCAAUGGCGGAGGGUAUUUUCGAGCCGGAGGGUCCGGUGAUGUUCAAGGUAUGGGACAAUGUGUAGGAGAUCUAACGGUGUCAGAGUGCCAAGAUUGUUUAGGAACGGCCAUUGGACGGCUUAAGAAUGAUUGUGGCACGGCCGUCUUCGGAGACAUGUUCUUGGCUAAGUGUUACGCUAGAUAUUCAACUGAUGGUGCACAACAUUACGCCAAGUCUCAUAAUUAUAAAACAAACUACGGAGGAGAAAAGACGUUCGCGAUCAUCAUAGGACUACUAGCUGCGGUUGUUCUUCUAAUUAUCUUCCUUCUUUUCCUCAGAGGCGUUUGCAGUCGCGGAGGUGAUUUCUCUAUCUUACAUAGUUUUACUCUUAUUUAAUUUCUUUCAUAAUAUAUGGAAAAUACACACAAAAAUAUCCAAAAUGUUUCUUACAUGCAUGGUCUCAUGAUAAAUAUACGUAGUAGUCAAUCUGAUCAUAAUGAAAUGUUAUAUGUAAUAUGCUUCCAUGUGUAUCAUACAGUUAGGUGGUUAUUAGUAUAUUCAAAGUUUUAAGUAAUACUUGUUCAUAAAUUUAAAAUUUUCAGGUAAAUAAAUGUCAAAGUUCUGAAGAAUCGCAAGAACGUGGAUCUCAAAGGACCAGAAAAUCCAGAUGAGAUGCAUAUUUGCUUUGGAUUCUGUCAACGUUAUUUCUUUUUUCUUUUUCUAACGUUUUAAAAAUUAUUUUGUUUCGAUUGUUGUUACAUAAUACUUGUGAUAAUAAUUAUUUUAAAUGGAAAAGAGAUAAGAAAAGGAAGUCUU